CUUCAACUUGACCUGCCCUCCGGCAGCGGACCACAAUCAUGGCCGACUCCUUCAGCCUCCCUCUGCGCCCACUCACGGAGAAGCCCGACCGCCCCGACACCCUCCCAAUCGAGAUUGCCCAAAUUAACGCCCGAUGGGGAUCCUUCCGCGACGUGAACGAAGAGACACUGCUUGCCAAGAUCGAAGAGGACAAGAACCGGGAUCCAUGGGAGGAGGAAGACGAGGACGAUAAACCCGCCGAGGAUGUGGACUCGACCGAGCGUCUGGAAACAUUGUACAAGCGGCGUGCCGAGAUCUUGCAGUUCGCUAUGCAGGCGCAUAUGGAAGCUCUGUUCGCUCUGGAUUUUGUUUCGCUUUUGCUUUCGAAGCACACCCCUCGUCAGGCGGAGACUUCUAUGUCGACGUUCUUGAAGCAGGUUGCGCCGCUUGGGUCCUUGAAUGCGGAGAUCGUGGAGCCGCCGCCGAAGUCGGAGGCCGCUGUGCAGGAUGUUAAGACUGUGUCGCGGGGCUGGAGGGCGCAAAACUUCAAUGCUGCUGCGAAUAAAUUGCUUAAUUCGGCGACGCGGUUGGAAGAAGAGGUCGCUUCGGAGACGAAGUACUGGGAUGAGGUGCUGGCGGUUAAGGAGAAGGGAUGGAAGGUCUGCAGGUUGCCUCGCGAGAGAACUGCGCUGGGAGUACAAUAUGGGUUCUUGGAAGCCACGCCUAUAUUCCGCGACCGGGGUCUUGCUGCUCUACGGAGGGCUGAUAAUGGAAGCUUGAUACUGGAUAAGGGGCUGGCGCCGCAGAAGACGAGGACGGUUCGAGUGCGUGUGAAAAACCGCGACCAAAUUACGGGAUGCUCGAAGAUGCCGGAUCCGAUCCCCGAUGCGGCUUCAGUUGAGCGCAGGAUCUUGCAAGCACGCGACACAGUGUACGAGGAGGAGCUAUUCCACGAAUUGAUGCGCGAAGCACGUAUUAUGGGAAGUCAUGGUGUGACGACUCGGCAAAACCUGGUCCGUGUACCGAUAUCCGAAGAGCAAGAAAUCUUGCUGGAUCUGGUAGAUGCCGACCGUGAAAUGCCCGACGAAGACAAGAUUGAGUCAACAGAACACGACAUCCUUGCCAAUGGACUUUCUCAUUCCAUUCGGAUCCUGCUCGCGUAUGCACACCGUCAGAACCUGCGACGCAGAACCCAACCACCACCUCCGCUCUCCCAGAAACGUCGGCAUACCCCCGAGUAUCAGCUCUUGCGCCCCGUGAUGGCGUAUCUCCAACACAGCUCGCACGUCCGGUGGCUGGAGUCCUUCAUGAAUGAUAUUUAUCGGGUUCUCCGCGCGGCAGGAGUUGAGCGUGAUUUCCACGCUGUGCCUUUUGCGUCUGUGAGCCUUCCCAAAGUGCAAGCUGUUCCGAAGGUAGAGAGUCUGGUGCAACAGUUCCUGAUGCCCUUCGAAUCGACCUUUUCCGGCCAUUUGAUCACCCCACAGAGCUCUUUCCGUGUGAAAAUCCGUACCAACCCGGUAUCACCGCCUUUUGGCACCCACUACGACAUUUCCAUUGACCUUCCUCACCAUCCCGAAGUGCAGCCUCCCGGUCGGAUUGGGUUGCAGAAUGAAGCAGCCGCAGCUCUCAUGCAUUUUGUGAAGUUGGACAUCGUGUCGGCCAUCGCGCUUCAAGGCUCGAAGACGGCCAAAAACACUACCAAGAAAGAAGGCGUCGAGGGAGAUAGGCAGUUGACCUGGGAGGCAGCAUACCCACACCACGGUGAACUGCUGGCGUUGUCGAAUGCUGGCCGUAGUAAGAAGCUGAAGAUCAGCUUGUCACGGGAGGAAUUGAAGGUGGAAACAUUUCCGCUUCGAGGACUUGAAGGAUUUGGCCGAUCGGGCGCCACCAAGGCACCGAGUUUACAGUCUCAGACAUGGACAUCGGACCAGGCAGCUUCUAAGCCUGGUUUGAUGGAGUUUGUGGCUGAGGUGUCGCGGGAGCAGUCAUAAGCAGCUGCCGUCCCCUAUGCUGAGUACGUAGGAAUAUCCCUCAAGAUAGAAUCGGAGCAUGUGUGGCGAACUCCUGGAUAGAUAGGUGUUUUAUGUAUUGAUACCCAUGACAAAAUAUUCCAAUAACU